AUGUCGCAAGGUAGAAGGCCGCCUGGAGGUCCACCGCCGCCCAGAGGUUCUCAGCCACCUAGAGGUUAUGCACCGCCUAGAGUUCCACCACCGCCCUCGGGUCCUCCGCCAUCCAGAGGUUAUGCACCGCCUAGAGUCCCACCACCGCCCACAGGUCUUCCGCCACCUAGAAGUCAUGCACCGUCCAGAGGCCCAACACCACCCAGAGGUUAUGUACCACCCACAAACAAUGCGCCGCCAGGUCCUAAUGCACCACCUAGGGGCUCAGGACAAUCUUUCGCCCCGUCCACUGGUCCUUCGAAUAGCAAUCAACGAAACAACAAUGACUGUGAACAAGUCGACACGCGCGCCCAGUUUGGACAGAAAGCCAUCAGUCUAUUCGCAAAGGCGAAGCAAGGUGUAGAUGCUGCCGAUAGCCUCAGCGUUCACGAGAUCCGCCCGUCAUUCGUUGGACCGCAAGGUCUCAACAGCCUCAACCACGUCCUCACAAAUCAUUUCACGGUUAAGCUACCAGAGGUGCUUUAUUAUUUCGUUGUCAAUGGAAUGGAGGAACGCGCUGAGACCGCUCAACCCGUUACAAAAGAAGACGACGAAGUCGGUUAUGAAACUGACAAGAAAGAAGAAGGAGAUGAAGCCGGUGCUGAGACCCACACGAAAGAAGAACAAGACGAAGCCGUUGCUGAAAAAAGCCCUACCGAUUCCACCGCUGAGCCAACAGGCGAGACACAACCUCAUGAUGAAAACACCAAACUCCCACCGGCAGCAAAACAGCGUUUGAUGAUGGAAAGCCUUAUCAGCUCAAACGAACUCCUCAGAUCCCAGAAGCAUCUCUAUGCUAGUGAUGCAAUGCGGCAGAUUGUCUCAUGGACGAAACCGACUACUUUAUUCCAUGCAAACUCCGUCCCAGUUGACAAGAUCGUGGCCGAGUGUGAGUAUACAGUCCGCCCAGCUAUACCAUCCAAAAACCUAGAUGCGAUCGUCAAGACUCUAAAGCUCCAAUACAAAGGCGAGAUACCCGUUCGAGACCUUACCAAAGCUGCGCACGGCGUUCUUCCUCAGUUCACUAUCGACCUGCAACGCGCUCAAACCAUUGCAAUCGACCGAGCACUUAACAUGAUCAUCACGAAGGCAACCAUGGCCUCCGAACCUGAUCUUUUCCGCAUCGGAAGUAAGAAGAUCUUUACCGAGGCUGGUAAGCAGGAGCUAUCUCCUGGAGUCUUCGCUCAUCACGGUUACUUCUCAAAUGUCAAGGUUGGAAUGGGAUAUCCACUGCUGAACGUCAGCUCGGCUACGAGUGCCUUUUACGAACCGCUGAACGUAUCGACAUACUUGAGGAAGACGAACAACAGCUAUAACUCACUCAAGAACGUCAAGGUUGAAAUCUCGUACACUCCAGGCAAGACGAGAACGAUCAAGCAAUUUGGGAGGCCUCCUCGCGAUCAGCUCUUCGACUUUGGCAACUCACAAAUCUCCGUUCUCGACUAUCUGCGAUCAAAGGCCAUCGACGGAAUUCUCCUAGAUCAGAUUGCGGUGUCGGACUUCCUGUGCGCCGAUAUGGGCACAUACACUUCACCAGAAUGGUAUCCUGUCGAAGCGCUGAAGAUUGCGAAACAUCAGAACGUCAAGUCGCUCUCCCCUGAAGCUACAGAAGAGAUGCUCGAAGUUGCCAGUAAACUACCCCGGGAAACCUUGAACAACAUCGUCCAGCGUGGUCUCGCCACCUUAGGUGUAGGGACUCAAGAGCACCCAAACUCAGUUUUGAGUGCUGCAGGCAUCAAAGUGAGCCAGAAGCCGCUUUCUAUACCUUUCCACAAGGCCACCUUUCACCAUGUGUGCUAUGGUACAAAAUCAGUGCAAGGAAAGGAGCUUGUACAGGACGUGUCCAAGACCUGGGGCCUAUAUGAGAGACGGUUCUAUGACACGAAGAUACGUUUCGUUGGCCCGGUUGUGGUCUUACUUCCACAAACAAUCUUCGAUAAAGUGGACAAAUGGUACGGCAAGUGGGUCGUGGAUCAGCUUUUGAUGCAAUUCUCCGAGACUGGCAUUCAGCGUACGUCCAACGGCCACCUUGACGAGUCGAUCAACUUCGACGAGAACGCUGCAGACAUAGUUGCUGAGCUCAAGCAAAGCCUUAAGAAGGCAAAGAUCCUCGGCGCUGGCAUCGUGGUCCUCGUCAAUCCGUCUACAAGCCGAUACGGCACGACGGUACUCUACAAUCAGUUCAAGCGGGUUGCCGACCAAGCCUAUGGGAUGCACACUACAUGUGUGAUGCAAGCCAACUGCGACCGCUUCCUUUCGAAACCCAAGCCCUAUUUCGCCAACAUCGCCAUGAAAGUCAACAUCAAGCUGGGCAACGUCAACCACAUAGUCAAGUUGAAGGAAGACGACGGUCGAGCACUCAUACCUAUGCUUUACAACAAAGCCGGUUUGGUUGACACCAUGAUCCUUGGCGCAGAUGUUACUCACGCACAGAAGGGCAGCAAAGAGACUACUCGCUCUCUAGCUGCUCUAGUCGGUAGCGUGGAUGAAACAUUUGGCCGAUAUGCUGGCUCAGUGAGCUAUCAGACUCAAAACCAAGAGAUCAUCGAUGAGUUGCAAGGCAUGGCUGAGCAGCGACUCAAUGCUUUUGCCGCAAGGAACAAAGGACGACUGCCAGCCAACAUCCUGUACUACCGAGACGGUGUUGACCCAGGACAAUACCCCAAGAUCCGUGCUCACGAAUUGCGCAAGAUUAGAGCAGCCUACGCCAGCGUUGCCGAAGCACGACAAAUCCCCAACCCCAAGUCUCCCUUGAUCACCGCCGUCGUCGUCACUAAGCGCCAUCACACUCGAUUCUUUCCUGAGGUUCCUCCUCCACCCAGGGAGAACCCCAACUGCAAACCAGGCACGGUCGUCGACUCCGUAGUAACACAUCCCAACUACUUCGACUUCUUUUUGCAAUCACAUAUCCCCGGACCAGGAACUGCGCGCCCAACGCACUACUUCGUGUUAGAGAACGACAUGAACUUCACCCCGGCGCAACUUCAAAACUUCACCAACUGGCUUUGCUACACAUAUGCCCGCGCAACGCUGCCUGUAGGGUAA